AUGACAUCAAUUGCAGCAGAGUCCGUGUCAACCAUAUUGCUAGAUAUCGAGGGCUUGAAUAUCACCGUCACGUCCGGCGAUAAGCCUACCGGCAAAGGCAAAGGGAAGGCCAAGUCAGAAGGCACCGAGAUCUUGUCAAAUGCAAAACUGCGAUUGAAAGCGGGCCAGAGAUAUGCACUUGUUGGUCGAAAUGGCACAGGCAAGUCGACGCUUCUGAGAGCUAUCUCAGAGAAGCUUAUACCUGGAAUUCCUGAGAAGACCCGUGUGGCAAUUCUUCAGCAGACCAAUGCUCGCGAUUCCAAUACGGAUGUGCUUCCAGAAGACGCCUUACCCCAGGGAAGAGGCUCGGGCACUGGCCGUACCGUGAUCGAAGAAGUGAUUGACAAAGCCACGGCGAGGAAUGAAUUGGAGCAAGAAAUUAAUGAGCUAUCGAAGGGAGUUGACAGUGCCGAGGGAUUGGCGGCCGUUCGGUCCCUUCGCAAGGUCCGUCAUCAAAGGCUUCAGAAGCAGCUUUUUGUCCUCGACAAGGAUGCAAGGUUACGAAGCGGAGCACGGGGAAUGCAGGCCCGCAAAGCACUGCUUGCCUUUGAAAAGGAGGUAGCUGAGUCUGCCACGCUUCAAGAUCAAGCAGAUGACGAGAUCAGUCCCGAUGAUGUCAAAUCUGAGAUGCAAGAGGCAAUUGACAUGCUCGCUGACUUGCAGCUCCAAGUUGAGCCUUCCAAGAUUGCGGAGAUCGAGUCUCAAGCCAAGAAAAUCCUUACUGGCCUGGGUUUCAGUGAAGCAUAUAUGAACAAACAGGUUUCAGAUCUUUCAGGCGGCUGGCUGAUGCGUACUGCUCUGGCAACAGCUCUUCUCCAGGAGACUGAUAUCCUAAUUCUCGAUGAACCAACCAAUUACCUCGACCUCUUGGGCAUCAUGUGGCUGCAACGAUACCUUAACUCACUAGAAGAUACCCCUGAACCGCCCACUCUAAUUCUCGUCUCUCACGACCGAGACUUCAUCUCUCUUUGCACCGACCUCCUGAUCCUAAGGGACAAAGACCUCACUUAUUUUCAUGGCGAUCUUCCUCUCUAUGAAUCCACCACGGCCGAGAAGAAGCUGUAUCUAACGAAGAUGAAAGAGGCCAAAGACAAGCAGAAGGCUCAUCUUCAGGCCACCAUUCAGCGUAACAUUAAGGAAGGCAAGAAGAACGACGAUGACAACCGGCUAAGACAGGCGAAGAUGCGCCAAAAGAAGCUUGAUGAUCGCUGGGGCCUGGAAGUCGGCGUCAAAGGCGGCCGCUUCAAGCUCAACCGCGAUCUACCGGGCUUCCAUCUGACGAAGCGCGAUGAUAUUGACAUUGCUCAGGACCAACGUGCCGUCAAUGUGGCACUCCCACCACCGACAGAUCUUCGCUUCCCAGGACCUCUGAUCAGUAUCGAGGGAGUGACAUUUCGCUAUCCAUCGAAAAAGAAAGGCGUCCUCUCACCGACCGUGCUGACUGAUGUGAACCUAUCGGUCAGCAUGGGGGACCGCAUCGGCAUCCUGGGACUGAACGGAGCCGGCAAGUCAACGCUGGUCAAACUGCUCGUUGACGAAACAAAGCCGACUAAGGGCACGGUGACAACACAUCCUCGUCUCAAGCUGGGUUACUACACGCAACAUGCUAUCGAACGAUUGCAAGCUAUGGGACGCGAGGAGCCAAACUUGACUGCCCUUGCACUUUUGACCAGGGAGGUGGAAGGUCACUACGACGAGGGUGAGCUCCGCGGGAUCCUUGGAUCGCUCGGUCUGCCUGGCCGCAUCGCAUCUGACAUCCCCGUCCGUAAGCUCUCCGGCGGGCAAUUGGUGCGGUGCGAGCUGGCUCGGAUCCUGUGGCAGUGUCCCCACUGUCUAGUCUUGGACGAGGUAACAACGCAUCUGGACUACGAGACAGUCACCGCACUCCGGGAGGCGCUGCGGGACUGGGAGGGGGCAGUCGUCUUGGUUAGUCACGAUAGGUGGUUCAUGCGUGGUGCAGUCGAGGGGUUGCUUGAUGAGGAAGAUAGUGAUGCUGAACCGGAGGAAGAGGAAGAGCCGCCGCGAAGAAGGCUGGUGUAUCGACUUCGGGGCGGCGUUCUGACACAGCUAGAAAACGGCGUGCAGCAGUUUGAGGACCUGAUGGAAAGGAGAGUGGAGAAGCUGUUGCGCUCCUAG